AAAAUCCCUAAGCAACCCAAAAUGGCCUAAAAAUUCCCAAAUCGAGGAAGACGUGGCUAGCUAGGGUUUCCAUUCAACCGCUAAAUCCCAAUCGCUCCAAAAAUAACAACAUAGAGACCCUACGGUGCGUACAGUUCCUCCACAAAUCUCCAGCAUCAUUAGCCUCUGCAUGAAUCUGAUCCCGAUCCCAACUGCCGCCAUUGCCGAAUCGGGUCCGGAUAAGCCAAAAGACCUCCGUUGUAUCCGCCAAUGGCGUCCAAGACCUCGCCUUCGGCCUCUACCACCAGAUUGGACCCUCCCAAAGACGCUUCGAUGAUGAAACUGCAGGAAACAAGUCUUAUUCGGAAGGAGAUUUUAACUGUCAUUGAUUCUGUAAAGAAGCAAGUUGCUGCUGGCCGAUCUGUUUCUGUAAAGAAUAAAAUGGAAGAAAAUAGGCAGAAAUUGGCUGGUGUGACAAACCAUCUUUAUAAAUUUUCUAUGGAUAGAAGGACCGGUAGGACUAAUGAUACUGAUAGAAGUAUAGAUCUACUGACAAAGAGGCAGAAAGAUGCGCUUGAUAUGCAUAAUGGUGUUGAUGCAAGUGAUGGGGAUAUGGAUAGCAGUAGCUCUCAAGAAGAUGCCCCUGCUUCUACUGCAGUUCUUCUAGGAUCUAAUGUUCCAGUGAAGAAUGCAGUUCGUCCCAUUAAGAUCUCAGAAGCAAAAAGAUUGCCUCCUUAUACUACAUGGAUUUUCUUGGACAGAAAUCAAAGAAUGACAGAGGAUCAGUCAGUGGUUGGUCGACGAAGAAUCUAUUAUGAUCAAAAUGGUGGUGAAGCACUAAUUUGUAGUGACAGUGAGGAAGAACUAAUUGAGGAUGAAGAGAAGAAAGAUUUUAUAGAAUCUGAAGAUUACAUACUUCGCAUGACUGUCAAGGAAGUUGGUUUAUCAGAUCAAGUGCUGGAAUCACUAGCACAAUGUUUUUCUAGAAGCCCUUGUGAAGUCAAGGCAAGAUACGAAACUCUUAUUAAGGAAGAGAAGGCUGUGGAAGGUUCUAAGAAUGGUGAUAAUGAAGACAUUUUGCAUAAUGGGAAUUCUCUUCUUGAUAAAGAUCUUGACGCAGCUUUGGAUUCUUUUGACAACCUAUUUUGUCGCCGAUGUCUUGUUUUUGAUUGCAGAUUACAUGGAUGCUCACAGGAUCUUGUCUUUCCUACUGAGAAACAACCUUCAUGGCGCCCUACAGAUGAGGAAAAUAUACCAUGUGGCCUACAUUGCUAUCGAUCUGCAUUGAAGUCGCAAAGAAUAGCUAGAGGGAGCUCUUCCAUUAAUGGUGAUUUUGAAGAAAAAUCUGCCCCUUCAUCUGGUAGUGCUGGGGCUCAGAUAUCAUCCAGGAAGAAGGCUCCUGGUCCAUCUGCUAGAAAGAAGGUGAAGUCCUGCCAAAGUGAAAGUGCUUCAUCAAAUGCAAAGAAUGUAUCAGAAAGCAGUGACUCCGAGAAUGGCCCCGGGCAUGACACCACUUCUACCCACCAGUCAUCACCUCGCAAAACUAAGCUUUCAGGAAAAUGUGGAAUUGGUAAGAGGAACAGCAAGCGAGUUGCCGAACGUGUUCUAGUUUGCAUGCAGAAAAAGCAGAAGAAAAUGGUAGCUUCUGAUGAUUGUGAUUCCUUUGUGAGUGGAGGUCUUUGUCCCGGCGAGAUGAAACCUAAAUCUAAUGCAUGUAAGGAAAAUGAUGAUACUAGUUCUUCUAUGCAUAAGAAUGUGAAAUCCCCAUCUAGUGGAAGGUUGAGAAGGAAGGAAUCAUCAAUUCAAGCCAGUCACAAGGUUGUGCCGGGUGAGGUUCCUGAUGGUUCAUCAAAUGAUAUGAUUACAGAUCCACCUGCUGCUAGCAGUGAUGACAACUCGAGGAAAGAAGAGUUCGUAGAUGAAAAUGCAUAUAAACAAGAAUCGAGUGAUAAUAAAUCUUGGAAAGCUUUUGAAAAAGGCCUUUUUGAGAAAGGCGUCGAAAUUUUUGGGAGGAAUAGUUGUUUAAUUGCUAGGAACCUUCUAAAUGGUAUGAAGACAUGUUGGGAGGUUUUUCAAUACAUGAAUUGCUCUGAGAGUAAGCUGUCCUGCCAAGCUGGUGAUGGUGCAAACUCUCUUAUUGAAGGCUAUUCUAAGGGUAAUAAUGAAGUGAGAAGAAGAUCAAGAUUUUUACGUAGGAGGGGUAGAGUUCGUCGCUUGAAGUAUACCUGGAAGUCUGCUGCUUACCAUUCAAUCCGGAAACGAAUUACUGAGAGAAAAGAUCAGCCAUGCCGGCAGUACAAUCCAUGUGGUUGCCAAACUGCUUGUGGCAAGCAGUGUGCUUGUCUUCAAAAUGGGACCUGCUGUGAAAAGUACUGUGGAUGUCCAAAGAGUUGCAAGAACCGUUUUAGAGGCUGCCAUUGUGCUAAAAGUCAAUGUCGAAGUCGUCAGUGUCCGUGCUUUGCUGCAGACAGAGAAUGUGAUCCAGAUGUUUGUAGGAAUUGUUGGGUCAGCUGUGGAGAUGGUACUUUUGGGGUUCCAAGCCAAAGAGGUGAUAAUUAUGAAUGUAGAAAUAUGAAGCUUCUUCUAAAACAGCAACAAAGGGUUUUACUUGGUAGAUCUGAUGUAUCUGGAUGGGGAGCUUUCCUCAAGAAUAGUGUAAGCAAGCAUGAAUAUCUUGGUGAAUACACUGGGGAGCUAAUUUCGCAUCGAGAAGCAGAUAAACGUGGAAAGAUUUAUGACCGUGAAAAUUCGUCAUUUCUCUUCAAUCUGAAUGAUCAGUUUGUCCUUGAUGCAUACCGGAAGGGUGACAAAUUGAAGUUUGCCAACCACUCUCCAGAUCCAAAUUGUUAUGCUAAGGUUAUUAUGGUUGCCGGGGAUCACCGAGUUGGUAUAUUUGCCAAGGAACGAAUUUGUGCUGGGGAGGAACUCUUUUAUGAUUAUCGAUACGAACCAGACAGAGCUCCUGCCUGGGCUCGAAAGCCGGAGGCAUCUGGAUCAAAAAAGGAGGAGGGUGCUCCUUCAAGUGGCCGUGCCAAGAAGCUCGCUUAAUCUUAUGGAUUUAUUCAAAAGUCUCAUUCAAAAUUUUUGUCAUUCUUUUUACAGGAAGAGGCAUUACUCCCAUUGACAGACACCAUAGGGGAAAGGAGUAUUAUUCUUGAUACGUAUUGAUUUUGGGAGAGUGGCAUUCAUUGCCAUCUCCAUUAUUUUAACUUGAAUAUUCUCUAACAACUCAUUUUACUUCAGAGCUGAAUAUAUGAUUCAGUA